CUUGUAUCACCGAUGCGCAUGACCAUUUCAAGGAAUUUUCUUUCUGAUUCAUUAAAAAAUUUUCAAGAGGGCUUCUUUCAAUGUACAAAUAGAAGCAGAACUGGAUUGUGGGGCUUAAGAGGAGAACUGGAAUCGAGACGUUUCUCUCCUCUCUCUCUCUCUCUCCUUCACUCACUCACUCUGUCCGGAAUCGCACUGUGCGUUGUACACGAUGUGGACGAUGUGGACGGUUCAAAGGAGGCGAGAGCGAGCGACGCUAGUCGUUGCUCUGCUGGUGUGCUGUGCUGGAGCGAUACUGGAAGUUGAAGGUGUAGAGAAGGUAUACACUAAGAGCUUCUUCUCACCAGUAUUCGAGACUUCACCUGGCAACGUGUUCGAUCCUCAUCAAAAUGUCCAGUUUCCCGAGGGCCAUUUGGCAAUUCGCAGCUUCACUUGCGAAAUGGUUGAUGCGGACACAGGUGAACCAAUCCCCCUGUCGGAGCUGUACGUACAUCACUGGUUCUUGUACAAAAUUGGUGUGAAGAAAGGCUUCAAGGCUCUUCUCAGCUCAGCUCCUCUUCCGGCGCCACAUUUACCCCGAAGAUACGCUACCCACUAUCUGCGCAAUCCACUUCACCGCAUGGCCUUCAGACCUGAAGCUCAGCCUGUCCAGGGACGGCUCAAAGUCCCACAGGUAUGUGCGACCGAAGAAAGUAUGAACAGAGAGGACCCAUUUGCAGCUGGGGCAGAGAGCAGACAUACAGAAAUAUCCUUUCCUGCUCCCUACGGUUAUGUGACUGGAGACAUGUCAGAGUACGAGGAAGGUUACGAGGAGGCAUGGUAUUUAAACUUACACACAAUCGAUCUGAGAGGUGUCGUGGACCCCAGAGGCUGUUUUGAAUGCCGGUGCGACUUGUACAACGUCACCGUAGAUGUCGACGGUCACCCACUCCCUGAUGACUACAAAGGUGGUCUCAGAUGUUGUUAUCAUUUGACAAACUGUGCACUGAAACCGGGAGUACAGGCCAAGCCCAGAAGAACACAGUUGAAGUAUACAAUGAGCUGGGUGGACUACGACGAAUCCGUGAGGCCAAUCCGCUCAUACUUUCUGGACGCGACUGAUACGCGUGCUUCAGUUUAUGACAGAGCUGACUGUAAGGGCGAGUAUGAUAUUCCCAAGUGCACUGACGGGACAACACAUGAGUGCAUCCACACUCAACAAUGUGUGGAAGGGCUUCCCAACGGAGGAGAUCUCAUAUUCGCCUUUCUUCACCAACAUUCUGGAGGUCUAGGCGGGAGAUUCUUCAACGAGGCCGGUGAGACAUUAUGCGAGUCCCUGCCCAUAUACGGACAUGGAAACGAUGCAAGCUUCGUGGAAGGCAUGAGUCCUUGUAAUCCCAAGCCUGGAAGCGUCAGCAUUCGAACAAUGGAAGCGCUGCGCAUGGAGUCCAAUUACAGCAGCAAUGUGAGCCGAACGGGAGUGAUGGCUAUUAUGAAAGUGUACGUUGCGGACCCCGUCGUAGAGGAAUUGGAACCUUUGACUGUGCGCGACAUUGAGCAGGUCGUGAACAGCGUUGAAUGAAAAGUGGACGUGUUACAUGUUCAUUCUUUUGUUUGUCUAUCGAUUCAGCGUACGAAGUACGGCUUAUAGCUCUAAAUCUGUCGUAAUUUACUUCAGAACUCGCAAGCUAAGAAGCUCGCUAAGCAUACUUGCAAGGGGUCCACUUUGAAUGGAUGGACUUGUCAAGUUUCCGCUUCUACAACUAUAAUAACAAUAAAAGUUACAAAGAGUUGUCA